CGUUCUGUUAACGUCAUGUUAACUGUAAAAUAUCGUUCAAACAAUUUUAAGCAAACAUUCCAGCAAUGUUUUGUAACGUUAACACACCAUUCCAGUAACGUUAAAAAAACUGGACAUUUCUACGUUUUUACAACAUUCAAAAUAAACAUUCCCAUAACGUUCUUACAACAAUUUUUUUUAGCUGGGUGUGUGCAUUCUUAUGCACUGUUUGCCAAACACAAUGAGCCCCCUCCAAAACCAGGACAAUGCCCACACACGCUUUACACUUUUCCAUCACGUUUGGGAUGUUCCAGUGACCAAGACUGUGAAGAUUAUGAAAAAUGCUGCACCUAUAACUGUGGGUCUGUUUGUGUUGCCCCUCAUUACAUAAAAGCUUUGUGUCCUGACUCGAGUGGGACCGGCACGUGUCAGCAAGAGUGUGAAUGUGACGACGACUGCAAGCGUGGUAAAAAAUGCUGCUUCAAUGGAUGCGCAAAAGAGUGCAUGCCACCAAAAAUAGUGAAGCCGGGGUUUUGCGGUUUCCCAACCUUCUCUCCGUGUGGAGUAACCUGCCUUGAUAAUGGUUAUUGUUCAGGGGAUGACAAGUGCUGCCCAUCUUUCUGUGGUCAUUUCUGCAGGAUACCCAUCUGAUCACACAUAUAUUGUAAAUUAGCAAAAAUAAUAAAAUAAAUGGUUUAUUUUUCUCUUGUUAUGUUUGUGGUUUUUUUCUUUAAUUAGUAUGGCAUUUCAGCAUCUGAGCAUCUGCACCACAAAAUUAUUAAUUAUUCUAGAAGAAAAUCAGUCUUUAAAUCAUGUUUU